UAUUUCUAAACCGGAAGUCUGUUGCUCUGCAGCGAUCGGGGCUCAGCCCAAAACAACCCAGUCAGUUCGGGGAAGGGUUCUGCUAAUUGAUGCGUGCUUUAAUUGGACCGCAGCCUGCCCCGUCGUCAUGGUGAACCUCUGCUGUCUCUGCUGCGGUCAACUUCCGGCCGAACCCCGCCCCCCUCCGCCCCGCCAGCCGGGAGCACCGCGGGACCCCCGCCCCGCACAGCUGCAGCAGCCGCAGCCUGCCGGACCAGAGCCUCACGGGGGACGGAGGGGGACUCUGAGGGGGGGUGCAAACGGAGGAUCCCCGCAGGAUGCAUGAGUUCCCGACUUCCGCCUGACAUGCGAGACGCGCAGCAUGCUCUCCUCCGACCAGGACUCCACGGCGCCCAGCGGCCCCAGCGCUGCUGAGGAGGAAGAGGAGGAGGAGGAGGAGGACUCCACGGAGAGCGAUGCUCCGGAGGUGCAGCGUCCUGUGCACCAGUCGCUGGGCUCCUGCGUCUGCCGGGACUCCCACUGGCGCUGCCUGCUGCUCUCCGUCCUCAUGUACAGCUGCCUGGCCGCGGUGGCCUGGUGUCAGCUGACCCGGGUCACCAAGAUCAGCUUCAACUCGGCCCUCACCGCCUCUCUGCGCGGCCCCUCUGGAGUGGGCGUGGGCGGGCACGCCAUGAUCUACCACGACAGCCCGUGCGCUGACGGGUACGUCUACGCGCCCCUGGCCCUCCUGCUCCUGCUCUACGCGCUCUACCUGGUGGAGUGCUGGCACUGCCUGGCCCGGAGCGAGGUGCAGGCCAAAGCGGACGUGCACAGCGUGUACGAGCGCGUCUUGCGCAUGCAGCAGGCCCAGCCGUGCAUCUGGUGGAAGGCCAUCAGCUACCACUUCGUCAGGCGGACUCGGCAGGUGACGCGCUACCGCAACGGGGACGCCUACACCUCCACGCAGGUGUACCACGAGCGGGUCAACACCCACGUGGCCGAGGGCCAGUUUGACUACGGCCGCUGUGGGAUGAAGGACGUCUCCCGGGAACUGGCGGGCCUGGAGGGACACCCGGCGACGCGCCUGCGCUUCACCAAGUGCUUCAGCUUCACGGAGGCGGGCCCGGAAAACGACUACCUGAGCCAGAGGUCCAGGUUCUUCUCGGAAAUAGAAGGUCUGGACGACUACAUGGAGGCCCGCGAGGGGAUGCUGCUGAGGAACGUGGACUUCAGGGAGAACGUGCUGGCCUGCGUGGACCCGGACACCAUGCCGUGGUACACCUCCCAGGCGGCCUUCUGGCUGGCCGCCCUGCUCAUGCUCUCCUGGCCGCUGCGGGUCUUCACCGAGUACCGCACGGCGUGCGUGCAUUACCGCGUGGAGAAGCUGUUCGGCCUGGAGUACGUCUGCGGCAGCCCGUCCCCCGCGGCGGGGGGCAACGCGUGCUGCGCCGUUCCCCGGGCGGACACCCUGGACAGCACCGAGCUGGAGUGGCACAUCCGCUGCAACCGGCAGCUCAUCCCCAGCUACUCGGAGGCCAUGCUCAUAAGCGCCGGCGCGGAGACCUCCACCUCCUUACGCAAUGCGUCCUCCUCCACCUGCGUCCCGUUGGAGAGCAGCCGCCACGGCGCGCUCCAGGACGCAUGCGCUCAGUGCGCGGAGCUGAACGCACGGGCAGCGGCAGGAGGCAGGAGGAGGACCAUCGCCAGCUCCAGCUGCUCCUCGGGCUUCUCCUGCCGCGGAGCGCUGCUGCUGUCCCGCCUUUCCUCCGACACCUCUCACGUCUCCCUGUGCCGCAUGUACGGCUCCCGGCGCACCGUGGCUCCGUGGAGGAGCCAGAGCGGCAGCCUGUCAGACCCCUGCUGCCUGGAGGAGCAGCGCUGCGGGUCCGACUCCAGCCAGCUGGCGCUCAGCGACAGUCCUCCCACUUACAGAGACGCCCGCUUCUUCCCCGCUCUCAUCGUGCACUGGACCGAGUCCGGGGAGGACAGGAGGCGUUAUUAUAUACGGAGGGGGUCGUCGUGCGUGGAGACAGCCUUGUAAUGAAACCCAAGACCCUGGUUGGCCAACAUGCAUGACUUUCUCCCAAAUAAAGACCUGAAAUCUGUGGCUCACAUUUCUACUCAGACCCAUUUACUCUGGUGCCCCUAAAAAUAAAACGUGUCUCCUAACAAGUGAAACAACUGUGUGUAAUUUAAUCCGAUUAUAAAUGCGGCUCUUCUGUUCCUGGCCUCAGAGGUUCUCCAGAGAACAUCCAGCCUCAUGGAGACCA